AUGAAGUUGCUAAAUGUGAAGACAGACACAUGUGCUGGUUUUCUCCUUGUGUUUGGUUGCUUGAUUUUGUCAGUAUUUUCUACUAUUCCUGAGCAUACGUGGCUUGCCACUAGUUGCCUCUUCAUUCUGGAGUCUGUCAUGAUUGUUGUCUUUGGUUUAGAAUUUAUCGUACGCAUCUGGUCUGCUGGCUGCUGUUGUCGAUACCGUGGAUGGCAAGGAAGGUUGCGAUUUGCAAGGAAACCAUUCUGUGUAAUUGACAUCAUUGUUCUCAUCGCUUCAAUAGCAGUUGUUUCUGCAAAAACUCAGGGUAACAUUUUUGCAACAUCAGCACUGAGAAGUCUUCGUUUCCUACAGAUCCUUCGUAUGGUGCGCAUGGACCGAAGAGGAGGAACUUGGAAAUUAUUAGGUUCAGUAGUUUAUGCACAUAGCAAAGAAUUAAUCACAGCCUGGUACAUAGGAUUUUUAGUACUCAUUUUUUCAUCUUUCCUAGUCUAUCUGGUGGAAAAAGAUGCAAAUAAUCAGUUUUCUACAUAUGCAGAUGCUCUGUGGUGGGGCACAAUCACAUUGACAACAAUUGGCUAUGGAGACAAAACUCCCCUCACAUGGCUAGGAAGGCUGCUUUCUGCGGGGUUUGCACUGCUUGGCAUUUCAUUCUUUGCACUACCUGCU